AAUUAUACAAAUAUGUUGUUAAUAUAAGUAUUGAUGAUGUGCCAUACCAUAUUGUCGAAUUAAUUCCAAAUUCUCAACCACCAUUCUGAAUCGUGGUUGCAAAUUGCAAUCGUUCCAUCAUUUUCCUAGAAACAUGCAACUUUCAGUUCUCGUUCCCUUUCAACCUCACACACCGUGCAGUGCUUGCCUUUGAAUACACUCCAUCAAUCAUCACCCAAUUCUGAUUUCUGACUACUACUACUAUCACUUCUCUCACCAUUCCCUCCAAAACCAAGCCACGUAAACAAAUAAAUAAAUAAAUAAAAACAACCUCGUCACGUUCUCAUUCAUCAUAGGACGACCGUUUUCGAAGCAACCCACGUAAAGUAAUUACCAGUUCGAGGCACGAAGGAUGGUGGAAAACACAGGACAAGGAGGAGGCAUAUGGUUCCAGUUGUUCCACCCCAAAACGGCGCCGUUCGCGUCUCACAAGACGCUCUUUGUGUUCCUGUGGGUGGUCACGCUGGCCUCGGUGAUGGUGUGGCAGAGGACCACCAUCAGCGGGUUUCUUGUGCUCGGCGGCGUCCCCGUGAGGACGCCGCCGAAGCUAAGGCCGGUGGUGUUCUGUUUAACGGAGUUCGGCGGUGUUGGCGACGGCGUUACUCUCAACACGGAGGCGUUUGAGAGAGGCGUUGGUGCCAUUUCCAAGUUGGGGGAUAAGGGUGGUGGACAACUGAAUGUGCCACCUGGGCGGUGGCUCACUGCUCCGUUUAAUCUCACCAGUCACAUGACUCUCUUUCUUGCGAGAGAUGCUGUCAUACUUGCAGUUCAGGAUGAAAAGUAUUGGCCACUGAUGCCUGCAUUGCCUUCAUAUGGGUAUGGAAGGGAGCAUCCCGGUCCUCGAUAUAGCAGUUUAAUUCAUGGUCAAAAUCUUGUAGAUGUUGUCAUAACAGGCCACAAUGGUACCAUAAAUGGACAGGGACAAACAUGGUGGACAAAGUAUCGCCAGAAGCUUCUGAACCACACAAGGGGGCCACUUGUUCAGAUAUUGUGGUCUAGUAACAUUGUGAUUUCAAAUAUUACUCUGCGUGACUCUCCCUUUUGGACACUUCAUCCAUAUGACUGCAAAAAUGUUACAGUAAAAAAGGUUACUAUAUUGGCUCCUGUUUCUCAUGCUCCAAAUACUGAUGGCAUAGAUCCUGAUUCUUGUGAGGAUAUGUUGAUAGAGGACUGUUACAUAAGUGUGGGGGAUGAUGCAAUUGCAAUAAAAAGUGGCUGGGAUCAAUACGGAAUUACUUAUGGAAGGCCUUCCAAGAAUAUAGUAAUUCGAAACCUUGUUGUUCGCUCUAACGUCAGUGCUGGCAUCUCAAUAGGCAGUGAGAUGUCUGGUGGGGUAUCCAAUGUCCUGGUGGAGAACAUUCUUGUAUGGGAAUCAAGGCGUGCCAUGAGAAUCAAGACUGCUCCAGGAAGAGGCGGAUAUGUGCGGCAAAUAACAUACAAAAAUCUAAUGUUAAAAAAUGUGCGCGUUGGAAUUGUGAUCAAGACAGAUUACAAUGAACACCCUGGUGCUGGAUAUGAUCCUAGAGCACUUCCAAUACUCAGAGACAUAAGCUUCAUGAAUAUCCGCGGCCAGGGUGUUCGCGUGCCGGUUCGAAUUCAAGGCAGUGAACAGAUUCCAGUUAGAAAUGUGACUUUCCAGGAUAUGAAAGUUGGCAUAACCUACAAGAAGAAACAUAUCUUCCAGUGUGCCUUUGUCCAAGGUCAGGCAAUAGGGACCAUAUUUCCUUCUCCCUGUGACAGCUUUGAUCGGUACAAUGAGCAAGGACAGCUUGUUAAGCAUGCUGCUUCACAGAAUGUCACAGAUAUAGAUUAUGAAAUUUGAGUAGUCUUGUUUUCCAAACUUUGUGUGUGUAUGCGCGCGUGUAUAUAAGUGGCAUGUUUAAUGAAAGCAUGAGAGGAACUAAUCUUGGUCAUGAAGGAUCAAGGUUGUUACCUUUCUUAGGGUUAUGAGUUGUAUAUAGGUAAAAUUUUCUGAUGCUAAUAUAAAUUUUCCAGGAUUACAAAAAUGCAUAGGCAUGCUCAUUUCAUUUUUUAGGAUUUAUUGCUAGUGUAUUAAGUUGUUAUUAUUUUUCUGGAAAGGAAGAUAUACAACAGGUGAUACUAGUCUAGAAGAA